AUGACGUUUGAUAGCUACCACACGGUCACAAAGCAGCGUGCGCGAGUGCUGUUAAUGACGGAAAUGAAGUAAACAGACUUUGCGCCUCUAGCAGAGGACGAUAGAAAUUCAUCCGGAGUUUUUAGUACUGUGCGACCCGACUUCAAAUAAGUAAAAAACAAAUUAUUAAAAAUGAGGCACCUAGGCUGUAUUGGGUGGUUAUGACUCAUCGCCAGUUACGUCCGUUCGUCUGUUAACCUUUGUCAGAACAUUCCAAUCCUUGAUUUGCUCAGCUAUUGCGGUUUAAUGUUGUAACUCUUCACUUUUUUUCACGAAUACGCCUUUUACUGUUAUUACUGAGUGGCGAGAAUACACUGGACAUGAUCGUCACACGAGAAACACCAUGUGGGCUGAAAGGGAUAGAAUGGCUUCUAUCAAAAUUUACAACACAAAAUCGAUGCAAUCGACUUGCUUGGUACAAGGGCAGCAUACUGGCACUGACUUACUUGAGUUAUACUUGUUAUCACAUGUCAAGGAAGCCAAUGUCUGUUGUGAAAAAUGUGCUGAGUCGAAACUGUAGUGGUUUAGUACCACCGCCUGAUAUAAGUCCGAAUGAUACCGAUACUGAGAACUGGUGUGAAUGGCCUCCAUUUGAUAGGGACAAUGCUUCUGCACUAUUAGGUGCCUUAGAUUCAUCAUUCCUAUUUGCCUAUGCUGGGGCAAUGUUUCUUAGCGGGUUUGUUGCGGAGCGUGUCAAUCUUCGUUACUACCUGUCUCUUGGAAUGAUAUUCUCAGGAAUUUGCUGUUAUCUAUUCGGAAUUGCAAGGCCCUAUGAAAUUCACAGCCUUUGGUACUUCAUUUUAGUCCAGGCACUCGGUGGUGUAUUCCAAACAACUGGUUGGCCAGGUGUAGUUACAGUAGUUAGUAACUGGUUCGGCAAAGGCAAACGUGGUCUGAUCUUUGGAAUUUGGAACUCCCACACAUCCUUAGGAAAUAUUUUAGGCAGCUUAAUUGCUGCUGAAUUUGUCGAAACAGACUGGGGCCUCAGCUUUAUGGUACCUGGAGCUAUUAUGGGCGUUGCCGGCUUUUUAUUGUUUCUCUUCCUAGCUCCAAAUCCUGUGGAUGUUGGAUGCUUACCGCCUGAACCUCCAGGUUACAGAAAGGUAGAUGUAACAAAUAGCUCUGACGAAAGCAGUGCCAUUGAAGAUCCAGAGGCAAAUCAUUCAGCAAAUAAUCAAGCGAUCAACCACAACGCGUUGCGUAUUCAAUAUAUUGAUGGCGAGGUGAUUCUUCGCACCGAAACCAGUCCUAUGCUAGUGGUAAAUCGAAGGAGUAGCAGUUCUGGGGAAGAUAAGCCUAUUGGAUUUAUUGGAGCUCUUCGGAUACCCGGAGUAGUUGAAUUUUCACUAUGCCUUUUUUUUGCAAAGCUAGUAAGCUAUACAUUCCUGUACUGGCUGCCUCUGUAUAUAGCUUCAUCAGCCAACUUCAGUGCCAAAAUAAGUGCAGAUUUGUCAACUUUAUUUGAUAUUGGAGGAAUAAUUGGAGCAGUGACAGCUGGUCUACUUUCUGAUUACACUGGAAUGAGUGCUGUUACCUGUGCGGGUAUGUUAUCGUUGGCCGUCCCUAUGCUAUUUCUUUACGAUUCCUUUGGUAGUAUCAAUAUCGGAAUUACCAUUGCGCUGCUCAUUCUGGCAGGAAUAUUAGUUAAUGGUCCUUAUGCGCUAAUUACCACAGCUGUAUCAGCUGAACUUGGCACGCAUCCUAGUUUAGGGAGUAACUCAAGAGCCCUGGCAACUGUAACUGCAAUCAUUGACGGAACCGGAAGUAUUGGAGCUGCCGUCGGCCCAUUGUUAGCAGGUCUAGUUUCUAAUUGGGCAGGAUGGCACAAUGUAUUUUACAUGUUAAUGAUCUCUGAUGUAAUAGCGCUUUUGCUGCUUUCACGGCUGGUCUAUAGGGAAUUAAAUUUAUGCAUGCAACGGCGGCGGGCUGCCUGAAUUUAGUCUGAGGUGCUAUGCAUAUAAAUUUCCACCGUGAUACGUUCAUAAAGUGUGUCAAAUGAGCAAAAUAAAAUAUGAAAAUAUACAACACGAAAAGUGUGCUGAUAUACAUAUGUAUUAAAUUACGCCUUUUCUCAGGUGUACAAAUUGUGUCCUAUACUUCAUUAUACAAAAUAUAUGGAUCAUAUAUUGUAAAUAAAUAACAACGAUUGUUUAUGUACCUAAAAAUUGUUUCUAGACAUACUAUUAUUUUAUUUCUUUGAUAACAAAAAUAUGUGUAUAUGUUUAAAUUCAUUUAAUCACAUAAAAUGCUGUUAAAUGUUCGCAACUAAUUUGCAUACCUUCAUUAUCCUCUUUCCUAUAACACAGAUGACAGAUAUCAAUAUUAAUGAUGAAUUGUCACAAUCAUAGUACA